UCAAGCAUGUCCCAGUGAAGUGCCGAGUCAGCUUCGCACCAGCUUCUCUUUUCCGGUCAGGAGGAACUCAUGAACUUCACUUUUUUUUUUCUUGUUUUUUUUAAGCAGAUGGCUUAUGGGAAUAUGCUGAGCAUGUACUCAUUACUCUAUAUGUUCAAAGUACUCUUAUCAGGAAGUGAAAGUAGGCGACAGAGCUGCGUCUUUCUGCCAUUAUUAUACGACUGCUAGGAGCCAUGAAUGGAUCUGUCAUCCACAAGGUGAACCAACGCCUGGAAGUACUCAGGCAAACCUGUUGGAACUCAUACUGGCUGCAAUCAGAACAGUGCUACUGUGAUGCUAUCCAACAGAAUGUGAUACUGAAUCACAAAACUGACAUUUAGUGAUGCUACUACACAUUUGAAAGCAAAUAUCUCCUCCGUCGUCAAGGCGAAGAUGCUGAAGACGGAGGCUUCGGCAGAGAGGACCACCCUGAGGAGUGCCUCUCCGCACAGGAAUGCCUACAGAGCAGAGUUUCAGGCUCUCAAGAAGGCCUUUGACCAGCCGAGACAGGAUGGUGAGACCAAGAGCAAAGAUCCAGAGCGGAUCCGGCAGCCCCGGGGUCGGCAGUAUGGCGCACACGUCAGCCGAAUCAAGGACAUGUUUAUGCAGAUGGGCACGGACAACACGGGUUCUGGGAAGCCUCGAGCAAGAGACCAGACGUCUCCACAGAAACUUACCAAGCCGACCAAUUUCAUUAACCGGGCAGACGGCUCAGUGAUCAAACUUCAGCACGGCGAGAGAACUGGCAACUCGAAGUUCUCCGAGACAAGGAAGCUCUUUGAGCAGAGCUCCAGAGAUACAUCCCAGUCUCCUGUGUACUCAUAUGGCAGAGAUAAGAGGGGUUCUCAUGAGCAUUUGGAUGAUUGGAGAGGGGCACGUUCCAACAGGGGCAGCACAGACUCCUUGGACAGUCUUUGCUCACGAACAGAGGCGUCUUCGCCAACAGUCAGCCAGCUUAGUGCUGUGUUUGAGAAUUUAGACCAUCAAGGCUCGGGCUCCGCUUUCCGCAGAGGUUAUGGAGGCGGUCGCGCUCUUUAUUCACCAGAUGGCUCACUGAGACACGGGGACGCCAGUGAGGAUGACGCUAGCCUUCGUCAGUCUCCAUCACGAGGUGUGUGCAGGACACGUGUUGGGAGCAAGCACACUCUUCCAGUUUCAUCCUCCUCAGAAGAUCUUCUCAGUCCCAGCCCUUUGUCUGAACAGGCAAAGGCUGUUGAGGAGAAUAAGGUCCAGGAGAGGACAGUGGCAGAACAUGGGGAUGUAGGAACCAGCGAGGCUGUAGAUGGAUCUAGUGAGCACAAGCAGGGUGAAGAUGUUGCUGGAGUUUGCACAAACUCUGCUCAAGUCAAUGACACUACAGUGUAUGACAAACCACAAGAGGAUACAUCUGACUCAGUAGACAGCAAGGUUCAAAAGGAUAUAGAGGAGCCUAAAGAUGACUCCAGCCGGAUAGCAGCUCAUCAUAUGGAGGAGCCCAAUGAGGAAUACUGUGGCAAUGAGAGAGUUAUUUACAAUGCUGAUGGAGAUGCCUGCUACCAGGGCUGGGGAGAGAGCUGCACCGACGUGGAGGAUGAUUUGUAUGGGGAUGAUGAUGGUAGCUAUGAUCCUGGAUCAGAGAUCACUGAGAUUCCUGGCCUUCCUGAGGAGGAAGACAUUCCUCCAAAGCGGAAAAUACGAUUCAGCACUGCCUCAAUAACGGUAUUUAAUACCUAUUCAAACGAGGAUUAUGAUCGCAGGAACGAGGAGGUGGAUCCAGUGGCGUCCUCAGCAGAGUAUGAACUGGAGAAGAGAGUGGAGAAACUGGAACUUUUCCCAGUGGAGCUGGAAAAGGAUGAGGAUGGUCUGGGGAUCAGCAUUAUUGGCAUGGGAGUAGGUGCAGACGCAGGCUUGGAGAAGCUGGGCAUCUUUGUUAAGACUGUUAUUGAAGGUGGAGCAGCAGAGAGAGAUGGAAGGAUUAAGGUGAAUGAUCAGAUUGUGGAAGUUGAUGGCACCAGUCUUGUGGGUGUGACGCAGAGCUUCGCUGCCUCUGUGUUGAGAAACACCCAAGGUGUGGUCAGGUUUGUGAUUGGCCGAGAGCGUCCAGGGCAGGAGAGUGAGGUAGCUCAGCUGAUCAGUCAGACGCUGGAGCAGGAGAGGCGUCAGAGAGAGAUGAUGGAGCAGCAGUAUGCACAGUAUGAUGCUGAUGAUGACGAGACGGGAGAGUACGCCACAGAUGAGGACGAGAAUGUGGGACCUGGAAGGACGGAGAAAGACGUAACCAUUGAGGUUUUCGAUUUGCCUGAAAACGAAGACCUCAUCUCACCAUCAGAGCUGGACGCCACCAAACUCUACCAGAAAUUCCGAGAGCUACAGAUCAAGCACAGUGUCACUGAGGCUGAGAUCCAGAAACUCAAGAGCAAGCUGGCAGCAGUGGAGAAAGAGAAGGCCCGCUGGGAGCGAGAGAGAAGCCAACUGAAGCAGAGCAUUGAGGAUAAUAAGGAAAGGAUGUUGAAGCUGGAAAGCUACUGGAUCGAGGCUCAGACCCUCUGCCACACUGUCAACGAGCACUUAAAGGAGGCUCAGAAUCAGUACCAAGCCCUGGAGAAGAAAUACAACAAGGCCAAGAAACUGAUCAAGGAUUUCCAGCAGAAGGAGGUGGAGUUUGCCCAAAGGGAAGAGGCAGAGAAGAAGAGACUUGAGGAUGUGGAAAAGGCUCAUUUAGCUGAGAUCCAUGGGCUGCAAGUGAGGAUUGCAGCGCUGGAGUCGGAGCUGAUGCAGCUGAUGAAACAAAAUGGCAUUCAGGUAAACAACAACAACAACAAUGGUGUCAACAGCCGCACACAGCUGAGUGACAGAGGUCCUGCGCCGCAGUGUCCUGAGAGACGCCUCACUGUAGGAGAGUCGGACGAGUGUGUAGGCAGUGACCUGAUGAAGGGUCAGACGCAGAUGUUCGGAGCCUCCAGAAGUGUACAAGACAGCAGCAGCUCUACCGAGGGUGAGGACGGCAUCCAGCGGAGGAGUUCUCACAUUCUCUCCACUGUUGUACCUGAGUCCAUGGCCCCCAGGAUGCCUGAGAGUGAGGGUUCUCCAGUGGUGUCGAGCCUUUUCCAAGGUCAAGAUGAAAAAUGUAGCAAGAAGCUUGUGGAUCUGGGCUCCACAGACCCAUCAGUAGAGAAACACAAAAGCAAGCAGAAGUCUUUUUCAUGGCCACACUUCUUCUCCUAUUCAUAUAACUUGGCUUCUACUGUAAUGGAUGACGCCAGUGUGAGCAGCUCCAGCUCAGGAGAGAUGUGGGGUGUGGUCACUGAGCCCAAGCUGACUGGCCGCUCACACACACUAGUGCUCUCUUCAGAUGAGAGUCUGGACACGAGUGAUGAUGAGGUCCAGGAUGAAGGGCAGCCGCUGAAGCAGCACCAGUGGCAGAACCGCAGUGUGCCGGACUGGUCGUGUCAGCAGGUGUGUCUCUGGCUCAUGGGCCUGAACCUGGAGCAGUACAUCCCUCAGUUCACUGCCAAGAACGUGGAUGGAGAGCAGCUCCUGCAACUCGACAAUGAUGCACUCAAAGAUCUAGGUGUAGCCUCUUCUCAGGACCGGGCUGUGUUUAAGAGGAAGCUGAAGGAUCUCAAGGUGCUGAUGGAGAAGGCCCGCAGGAACAAGGAGAAGCUGCAGAAGCAUGUGGAAAAACGACACAGGAAAGAACUGGAGCGACUGCAGAAAGAGUGCCGCAAAAACAGCAGGACCUCUGAGUUGGGAAAGGGUACUGAAAUGUGAUGGCAUUUAGUCAUGAAAAUAACUUAUUAUGAGAGAUGAGUCUAGUAUUUUAUGGUACUCUUGUCUGGGCUCCAUUUAGUGGACAUCAGAAUCUCACUGGAAGAGGCACUGCUACUGAACUUCCACUGGAGAAAAUAAACCAAACCAUCCUGAGUAACUGA